CUACCCAUACAUUUCGCGUGGCAGUCCUCGUUACGGGGCACAGGGUGUAGGUAUUAACGACUGUGCAGCUAUCUAUAUGGCGGGAAAGCCGUCGACAUUGACGAGGGGAGAUGGACGUAAUCAAGACGGUGGAUGCACAGGAGGGAUCAAUGGUCAGACUCCAUGCAAGGUAGGUGCCAGCGUGUUUGGCGCACCGGGCACUUCAUGUGACGAAUACCCCUAUGCAUCCACUCGUGAAGGCGCAGCAAGCGGAAAUCCCAGCAUCCUUCGAUGCAUACCCGCGGAGGAAAACUCAAGUGGAGACAGGGGGUUCAACCUGGAGAUACUCUUUGACGUCGGAUUUGUCUGGGGUCAACCGAUUUACAACAACGCCGGUAUACAAACCGGCACGAACCCACCGGUUCCGGCGGUGGCGGUCCAAAUGUGUUACGCGCACCCAACGCAGCGUGUAAACGAUGGUCGAGAAUUCCGGAUGGUCCUGACAACGCAGUUGUGGAGACGGGCUACAUCGGUCUUCCGCAGGAAGACAGCGGAAUUGCAGGAGAUUACCGCUGAACGGAAAUCUACUGUUGUUGAACCGCUCUGGGUGAAGACGGCGAACAACCUUACGAUGAUGGUGUAUAGCGAUGUCAAGUUGGGAAGUCCGGUUUGGAGCGAUGGCGAGGAUGGGAAGGAUAAGGUAGUUCGUAUUAUCAAGCCUUCCGAUUCGGACUAUCCGCCGAAACAGUCAACGAAGAAGGCGACUGGAAACGAGUCUGAUGUGCGACGGCAAUGAGACCAGUAGAGUCAACGGCGUCUAAAGGUAAACUUGCCACAAAUACGAAAUCUAUUAUGGGCGUUAUACUGUACAAAAAUUCUUUUGUUCAGUAGGGAGGACACCACUACUUUUGAUGGUUCCCAGCACUACUUUCGAUGCUGGUGCUUGUUCACCGUCAGGGUUAGGCUCACACAGCCACUUCCCGUUUGAGCGAUACAUGUGUCUCAAUUUGCAACCACUUAGUGAUCCGCCACUACUUCAAGUUCGCAAGUACAUUUACAGAUCCCGAUGGACACUAUCACUCAACGACAAACCCCUCGUCGCUUGCAUUAUCCGUGGCCGCGGGCACAUCAUUGUUUGCACAUAUUUCC